UCCAGGGGAGCCGGGACUGAGCAGCCACCGCUUCCCAGCCGGGAGAGAGACAACACCCCUUUGUGCCCAGCCGGGGGGACGUUCUUCGGGGGCUGGAACCAGCCCCGGGCUCUGCUGACACCAGCUCCUGAGCCGGAGCCUGCAGGCGAGGGGAGAGACACGGGGGAAGGGCUGGGGCCGGGCAGGAAAGUGACUCUGCACCACCGGCCCCUCCUCGCCCCAGCUCUGGUCUGGGGUGGGAGGGGUCUGCGAGUCCCAGAGCUGCUGCCUCCCUGACCCCCCCUGGCUCUGAUUCCCUGAGCGCCUGCAGGAGCUGAGCCAGCUCCGGGAGAGAGAACGGCCCGGGCCGGGCCAGGGACCGAGUCUCCCAGCCGAAGGGAGGGGGCAGAAGGGAGACAGGAGGAGAGACUGGCAGGAGCAAUAGGUGGGGAAGGAGGUUCCCGGCUCGCAGCCCUGCCCAGCUCCACUCCCUGCAGCACCCCGGGGCAGAUUGACUUUCCUGGGACAAGGCUGAAGAACCCAAUCUGGUCCAUUCCAGACUGCACUACCCUCCCGGGGCAUGGGGCAGGGACAUGGCUGGAGCAGAGCUGGCUCAGGAGCCGGUGACCUUCGAGGAAGUGGCUGUGUAUUUCACCAAGGAGCAGUGGGCUCUGCUGGUCCCAGGUCAGAGAGCCCUCUACAGGGACGUCAUGCAGGAGAAUUAUGAGGCUGUGGCCUCACUGGGAUUUCCCGUUCCCAAACCCAUCGUGAUCUACCAGCUGGAAGGAGGGGAGGAGCUGUGGGUCCCAGAUCCCCAGGGCUCUGAGGACAGGGAGGUCCCAAGACACAGCCACAGAGCUGCCGAGGGGAUGGUAAAGGAGGAGGAGGGGAGGCGGCAGCAGGAUGCCCCUGAGCAGCUGCAGGUGCAGAGCCCUGGUCAGGGAGCAGCCUGUGUAACUGAGGGCAGUUCAGGAAGGCAGCAGAGAAACUCGCCCUCGGAGUCGUCGUGUGAACAAGGCACUGGGCUGCACCCUACCUGGGGCCCAUCUCCUCCCUGUGGUGGAGCCUUGGAGAGUCAGGGCCAGGCCAGGGAGCGGCCCAACAUGUGCAGCGAGUGUGGGAAAGGCUUCCGGUGUGGCUCAGACCUCACUAAGCACCGCCGGUCCCACGGCGAGCGUCCCCACCAGUGCCCUGAGUGCGGGAAAGGCUUCCCCGUCCGCUCAGCCCUGACCACCCACCAGCGCAUCCACACGGGGGAGCGCCCCUACGCCUGUGACGCCUGCGGGAAGCGCUUUGGACAGAGCUCCCACCUCAUGCAGCACCUGCGCUCCCACACAGGGGAGAAGCCCCACCGGUGCCCCGAGUGUGGAAAGAGCUUCCGGGAGGGUUCCACACUGGCCCGGCACCGCCGCACCCACCGCCAGGAGAAGCCCCACACCUGCCCCCACUGUGGGAAGGGUUUCCACGAGCGGUCCAACUUCGCCCGGCACCAGCGCACCCAUGCUGGGGAGCUACUUCCUGCCUCAGAGGAGGAGGGGAAGUCCUUCAUCUGCCCCGAGUGCGGGAAGGGUUUUGGCCGCAACGCCUAUCUGACCCUGCACCGGCGCGUGCACACAGGAGAGAGGCCCUAUGCCUGCGCCGACUGCGGGAAGAGCUUCAGCGCCAGCUCCAACCUGACCCGGCACCAGCGUGUCCACACGGGUGAGAGACCCUACCCCUGCGCCCGCUGCGGGAAACGCUUCUCCCAGAGCUCCACCCUCUUUGUGCACCUGCGCACCCACACCGGGGAGGCACCCUACCGCUGCGCUGCCUGUGGGAGGGGCUUCAGUCAGAACUCCACCCUCCUGGCGCACCAGCGCACACAUAGGGGUGGGAAACCCUGCUGCCAGCCCCAGGGAGCCUGUGCCAGGGAUGGGCCCUACCUGGGCAAGUGCUGUGCCAGUGACCUGCUGCUCCAGAAGCACCAGAAAACACACCUGUGAUGGGGGACCUGGCCCCACCCAGAGGCAUGGUAGAGUGUAGCCCUGAGGAUUAGCCUGGGGUCAGUUUCUUGCUCUGCCACAAAUUACUUAGGCCCAGAUCGUCAAAGGUUUUUAGGCUCCUAACUCCUAUUGAUUUAAAUGUGCUUUAGGGCCAGAUUUUAAAGGUAUUUGGGUGCUUAAAAGUGCCUAAAAAUUCAGUUCCAAAAGGGAACCAAAAAAAGUAGAAAUUUCCCAUGCAACAAAAUUCCAUCAUGUUCUGGUUGUGACUUUAUAUUAUAUACACACACACACACACAAUAUAUAUAUAUUAAACAAAAAAUCAUUUUAAAAGGAAAAUCACAAUGGUCUCUCCCUAAGAGGUAGAAAUGGAACCUCUCAGCCUUUUAGGCAUGUUUCGGUCUCAUUUUAUUUUUCCUCAAUGAAAUUUCAUCAGAACUAAUCCAUUUUUCCUAUUUUGACAGAAUGCCCCUUCCAACAGAGAACCAUUCCCUCAGAAUGUUUUUGGCUAGCUCUAGUGCUUAACCUCAUCUGAUGCUUUCGAAAAAUCCCUCCAGGUGCCUAUCUGCAGCUUUAGGCACCUAGGUACCUUUGUAAACCUGGCCUUUCGUGUAUGAGGGUUUCAGUCCCCCAUCUGUAAAAUGGGGUUAUAGCUCUGCCCUGCCUGACAGAGGUAUGCCCAGACAAAUGCACUGAAGGUUGUGAGGUGCCAAGAUGCUACAGUGAUGGGAGCUCUCUCAGGAUCAUAGAUAGGGAGCAUGAGGUUAGCGAACUGCCACUGAAUUUCCCUGGGAUUUGGGGGCCUAAGUCCCUUAGGUUCCUUUGAAAAUUUCAGCCCACAUUGCUUAGGAGUAUAAGGGGAUUGGUGUGUUUGUGAUGUAGGGAGAGGAACAGUCAAAGGAGGGAGGGAACAGGUAUUUGAGUUGGGGAGGGAGUGGCUGCCUUAGGAAGCAGGGGUUGUCGUGAAGGAGCUGGGCACUACAUGAAUGGAUUGUUUGUCUGGGGUUGUGAGGAACUGGGAGCCAAAUGGAAAUUUUAUUUUUCUUAAAGCCUCAAACUACCCAAAGUGAUGAAGGCCUCUGGUUCUCUGAGGUGGCAGGAGGGGGGAUAACAAACUAGCGGGGCCAUCUGGUGUGUUCCCCCCCCCACACACACACAUACACACAUAUACAUACAUACAUACAUUCUGAACAAUUCCUGUAUUUUGGAGCUCUCCACAGUGAUGGACAAAAAUCUUGUAGCUCCCACUCCAUGCAGCUGGUCACAAAACAGGAAAUAGCAUUCACAAAUGUGUUUCAAGGGAUGUUUCCUGUUCUUUCACCCAUAUGCAGAGUCCAGACCAAGGGCAAGACCCCACUUCAGUCCCAUUUGUGUUCUAUAUUGAGGGAUUAAGGGGGAUUUAAUACCCUUUAACCCAGGGGUAGUCAGUUAUUUUUUUCAAAGUCCAAAUUUCUUGGUUAAGGUAUAGUCAAGGUUCAGACUCGGGAAAUUAAU